AUGGGUUUCGCGCAUAACAACGUACUUCACUCCAACCAUUUCCGCAAAGACUGGCAGCGCCGGGUACGCACCUGGUUCGAUCAACCCGGUCGCAAACUCCGCAGACGCACUGCUCGCAAGACCAAGGCUACCGCCCUUGGUGUCCGCCCACUCACUCUCCUCCGCCCUGCCGUUCGUGCCCAGACCGUCCGCUACAACCGUAAGGUCCGCGAGGGCCGCGGUUUCACCCUUGCUGAGCUGAAGGAAGUUGGUAUCAACCGUAAAGAAGCACUUGGUGUUGGUAUCGUCGUUGACCACAGGAGAAGGAACUUGAGCGAGGAGGGGAAGAAACUGAAUGUUGAGCGGUUGAAGGCUUACAAGGCCAAAGGUGCCGAUCUCGAAGCUGAGACCACACACACACACCUUCCUCUUCCUGCACCUUACGCUCAUGAAGCACCCCGUAAAAUCACAGACAAUGAACGGUCGUUCGAGGCUUUCAAGACCCUCCGCGUUGUACGAGCUGAUGCUCGGUAUGCGGGUGUACGCAAAAUCCGGGCCGCCAAGAAGGAGGAAGAGGAAGCAAACAAGAAGAAGUAG